UCGCUUCACUUUAUCCGAACAGCAGGCCAAGUCUGAGGCUCGUAGAGAUUGGUAAGAAGAAGAGAGUCGAGACGCUUCGAAACUUCAGAAGCUAUGGCAUCUGCUUCAAUGGCGGUGUCCUUUGGUCUUAGGUUCUCCCCACUCUGCUCUCGCCCAUCAUUUCGCGUCUCUCAUACUUCCGUCGGGAUUGCUUCUGUCAACAAGGUCAAUUCCUUGAAGCUCAGUUCCUCCCACAACAUUUCCGGCUUUGGAUUCAAUUCCCUUCAGAAGCCAUCUCACAUUUCUCCCACUUCUCAAAUUCGUACUCCUUUCACUGUUUUCGCUGCUAAAGGCUACAAAAUGAAAACACACAAGGCUUCGGCGAAGCGAUUCAGAGUAACGGGUCGGGGGAAAAUCGUUCGGAGGAGAGCUGGAAAGCAGCAUUUGCUGUGCAAGAAAAACGCAAAGAGGAGAUUACGGCUUUCCAAAAUGCACCCAGUGAGCCGGAGUGACUAUGAUAAUGUGAUUGGUGCUUUGCCGUACUUGAAGGUGAAUAGGCAGGCCCAGUAGAAGUGAUGUUGGGAUCUUGCCUGUACUUAACUUCAUUUUGUAACCAAAUGAUUUUCAAUUUUCCAGAACUCAUCAAAGGGCAAAGUUUGAUUGGUUAAAAAUAUUAUUUGUUCUAUUUAUUCCCUCAGUUGAUAAUGGUACCUACUACCUUCUUUCAGUUCCCUUCCUCUAUUGUUGGCUAUUCUGACAGGCUACAAGAUGGAGCUUAUUUCUUCCGUAAAUUAUGAGUACCUGAGAGGGUUCAAGCCCAUAUGGAAAA